AUUUGAGUAAUCAGUCAUUGUGAUGCCACUCUUUAACAAGAAAUUCGAAUCGAAGCCCAUACCAGCGCGUGUGAGUCGCUGUAAUAUUGGCUUUCCGGUCGUGAACGAGGACAUUGAGGAUUUUCGUAACAUCUCAUUGAGUUUGGGCAACAAGAAGCUGCGUUUCGCCGAUGGCAUUUGGAUGCAUUCGGCGCAUAAAGCAGAUGUGGAUGACAUGCUACGCUUAAACAAGAAAUUCCGAGCUCUAGAGGAGGAGAAUAACAUGUGUAACUUGAAAAUAGAAGUUAUGCUAGAUUUGUUAGCUGAGCAUGCCACAGAGCUCAAUGACUUGAAGCCCAAGGAGAAGUGUAAGCCCAAGGAACAACUGGUACAAAGACCAAUAUAACAAUUUA